AUGGCGCAAAAGUGUGUACACAAGGGCUGCGGCAAGGUGUUUACGGACCCUGACGAACCGUGCACUUAUCAUCCAGGCCCGCCUGAAUUUCACGAAGGCCACAAAGGAUGGAAAUGCUGUAAGCCCCGCGUCCUCAGCUUCGACGAAUUCCUGACCAUCCCACCAUGCACGACGGGGAAACACUCAGCAGUCGAUGACACGCCAGCUCCAGAGCCUCAAAAGGAGACACCCCAGGCAGCACCCGACACUACCCCUAAGCAUACUCCCAUAGCCAUUGGAAACAUCCCAACCACCCUCUCCGCCGCGGGCGUGCACACCCCUACCCCUACGGCCUCUCCUCCACCAGAAUCGGAAUCCGAUGACCCUUCCCUUGCAAUCAAAGCGGGCGCGACAUGUCGUCGAAGAGGCUGCAACGCGAAGUACUCACCCUCCGUUUCACGGGAUGAUGAAAAAUGCGUCCAUCAUCCGGGUCAACCGAUCUUCCAUGAGGGGAGCAAAGGUUGGAGCUGUUGUAAGCGCAGAGUACUGGAGUUUGAUGAGUUUAUGAAGAUAAUUGGCUGUAAAGAAAAAGCUAGACAUUUAUUUCUUGGGAAGGGGAAGAAAUCAGGGGAGGAGAAGGUUGAUAAUAUUCGCACCGAUUUCUACCAAACCGCGACCUCCAUCAUGGCCACCCUCUACCUCAAGAAGAUUGACAAAGCCAGCGCGAAAGUUAACUUCUCCUCGCCUACUACAAUAGAAUUGGACCUCCCGACCGCCGAUAACAAGCGCUUCAAGGAAACCUUCAACCUCUACGCACCCAUCGAUGUGGAGAAGUCCAGUUUCCAAAUCAUGGGCACGAAGAUGGACUUGAACUUAGCAAAGGCGGACGGGACGAGCUGGCCUGUCCUACGCAAAGAUGAUAAACAUACGGGGGAGAUUAUUCAGAUUGGACGGGCGAAGAAGGCGUGA